CCCUCGCCGCCGCCGGGGCUCCCCUCCUCUCUCCAUUCAGCGCUGCCUCGCCGCUCGCCGCGCCGCUACCCCGGCAUGUCCCGCCGCUGGACUCCCCUCAGCGACCGGCCCCUGUAGCGCCUCCAGCCGCGGGCGAGGCAGCGCCGAGGGCGGCAGGAGGGGCCGCUGCCCAGCCGCGCCGGCACCGCGCGGCCAUGGGGGGCUCCUGAGGCGGCCGAGGAGCGCGGCGGGAAGCGGAACGCCUCACCCCGCGGCCGCCACCAUGGAGGCGCCGCCACCGCCGCCACCCGGCGCCCCCAGCGCCGCGGAGCCCGCCGGCUGCCCCAAGGACACCGACCGCCAGCUGCGCCUCCGCCUCUGCGUCCUCAACGAGAUCCUCAGCACCGAGCGGGACUACGUGGGGACCCUGCACUUCCUGCAGUCGGCAUUUCUCCAUCGGAUCCGCCAGAAUGCUGUGGACAAAGCUGAGAAGUACAUAACAGAGGAGAAUGUUAAGAUCUUAUUUUCGAACAUCGAAGACAUUCUUGGUGUUCACAAGGAGUUCCUGGCUGCCCUGGAGUUUUGUUUACAACCAGAACCGCAGUCUCAGCAUGAACUGGGAAAUGUUUUCUUGAAGUUUAAAGACAAAUUCUUUGUGUACGAGGAGUACUGCAGCAAUCACGAGAAAGCACUCAGACUGCUGAUGGAACUGAACAAGAUCCCAACAGUGAGAACAUUCCUGCUGGGUUGCAUGCUUUUGGGAGGCAGAAAGACGACAGACAUUCCGCUGGAGGGUUAUCUGCUGACUCCAAUCCAGAGGAUUUGCAAAUAUCCUCUUCUGCUUAAGGAAUUAGCGAAGAGGACUCCCUCGAAGCACCCUGAUCACCCGGCUGUGCAGAACGCCCUGCAGGCAAUGAAGACGGUCUGCACAAACAUCAACGAGACCAAGAGGCAGAUGGAGAAGCUGGAAGCCCUUGAGCAGUUGCAGUCGCACAUCGAAGGAUGGGAGGGGUCAAAUCUAACAGAUAUCUGCACACAGCUCUUGCUCCAAGGGACUCUGUUAAAAAUCUCUGCAGGAAACAUCCAGGAGAGAAUGUUCUUUCUAUUUGAUAAUCUACUGGUCUAUUGUAAGAGGAAAUCCAGAGUUACUGGGAAAAAAACAUCAAAACGGACAAAGUCAAUCAAUGGGUCCCUUUAUAUCUUCCGGGGCCGGAUAAAUACAGAAGUCAUGGAGGUGGAGAACGUGGAAGAUGGAACAGCAGAUUACCACAGCAACGGCUACACCGUGACCAACGGCUGGAAGAUACACAACACAGCCAAGAACAAAUGGUUCGUCUGCAUGGCCAAGACUGCCGAGGACAAACAGAAGUGGCUGGAUGCUAUCAUCAAGGAGAGGGAGCAGAGAGAGAGUUUGAAGCUGGGAAUGGAGAGGGACGCGUAUGUCAUGAUUGCCGAGAAAGGAGAGAAGCUGUACCAGAAGAUGAUGAGUAAGAAAGUGAACCUUAUCAAAGACAGGAGGAGAAAAUUGAGUACUGUGCCCAAGUGCUUUCUCGGCAAUGAGUUUGUAUCGUGGCUCACAGAGAUUGGAGAGAUAAGCAAACCAGAGGAGGGGGUCAACCUGGGACAGGCGCUGUUGGAAAAUGGAAUCAUUCAUCACGUUUCAGAUAAGCACCAGUUUAAGAAUGAGCAGGUGAUGUACAGAUUUCGCUAUGACGAUGGAACGUACAAGCCAAGAAGUGAAUUGGAAGACAUCAUGUCCAAGGGUGUGAGGCUCUACUGCCGCCUGCACUGCCUGUAUACUCCGGUGGUAAAAGACCGUGACUACCACCUGAAGACAUACAAGUCAGUAAUCCCUGCAAGCAAACUGGUGGAUUGGCUUAUCGCCCAGGGAGACUGUCAGACUCGGGAGGAAGCCGUCGCGCUGGGUGUUGGACUCUGCAAUAAUGGCUUCAUGCAUCAUGUCCUGGAGAAAAGUGAAUUUAAGGACGAAUCCUUGUAUUUCCGCUUCUAUGCUGAUGAGGAGAUGGAAGGCACCAGUUCCAAGAGCAAACAGUUACGUAAUGACUUCAAGCUCGUGGAAAAUAUCCUGGGAAAGAGUCUUCUGAUUUUACCAGAAGAGGAUGACUAUGGAUUUGACAUAGAGGAAAAGAACAAAGCAAUUGUGGUGAAGUCAGUUCGACGAGGGUCUUCUGCAGAGAUGGCCGGGCUGCAGACGGGGAGAAAAAUCUACUCCAUCAAUGAGGACUUAAUAUUCCUACGGCCCUUCUCCGAAGUGGAAACCAUCUUAAGCCAGUCCUUCAGCUCAAGAAGGCCGCUUAGGCUUCUGGUGGCCACCAAAUCAAAAGAGAUUAUUAAAAUUCCAGACUGUCCUGAAGCACUUUGCUUUCAGAUACGGGGAGCAGCACCACCAUAUGUUCAUGCUGUAGGAAGAGGUUCGGCGGCCGCGGCUGUGGGCCUUCACCCGGGACAGUGUGUUCUGAAGGUCAACGGGAAUAACGCAACACAUGCAAACUACAUGGAGGUUCUGGAGCACUUCACAGCCUACAGGACCAGACAACAGGAAGCACUGGGAUUGUACCAGUGGGUGUACAGAACACACGAAGAUGCGGAAGAGGACAGAGUUCAGCAAGCAGCACCCAGUGCCUAUGUGAACGGCAGCCACCCCAGCCCCGGCAAAGACCGCUCCUCCCUGGACAGAAGCGCAGAGUUGGAUCCCCUUCAAAACAGCCAGCCGGAGUCAGCCCAGACCCCACAGCCCGUCAGCUCUCCACUGGUGGCUGGUGAAGAAACGCCUCUCGUUAGCCUGACUGUGGAUAACACCCACCUGGAGCACGGGGUGGUGUACGAGUACGUCAGCAGCACGGGAAUCAAAUCCUUUGUCCUGGAGAAAAUUGUCGAACCAAAAGGUUGCUUCAGUCUCACUGCAAAGAUUUUAGAGGCCUUUGCUGCAGAGGACAAUCACUUUGUAAGGAAUUGCAAAAGACUCAUAUCCCUGAGCAGCGCUGUGGCCACCAUGCCCCAGUAUGAGUUCCGGCAGAUCUGUGACACUAAGCUGGAAAGCAUUAGCAGAAGGCUCGCAAACUACCAAGAGUUUGCAGACGAGUUGAGAACGAAGGUGAGCCCGGCGUUCAAACAAGCCGUCGUGGAACCGCACCCCCUCAGCAGCAUGGACUUCUGCCCCACCAACUGCCACGUUAACCUCAUGGAGGUGUCGUACCCCAAAAACACUACCUCAGCAGGGAGGUCCUUCAGCAUCCGCAUUGGGCGGAAGCCCUCUAUCAUUGGUCUUGAUCCAGAGCAAGUAGGUACCUUAAGUCCAGUCUCGUACACUCAGCACUGCAUCACCAGUAUGGCUGCACCGUCCUGGAGGUGCCUGAGCGCAGAGGAUGGGGAUCUGCACGGCAGCUUCGGCCAGCAGAACGGAGGAACCGUUCAGGAGGAAAGAGGACUCAGUUUUCUGCUGAAACAGGAAGAUCGGGAGAUACAGGACUCAUACUUGCACCUUUUUAACAAACUUGACGUCGCAGUGAAGGAAAUGAAGCAAUACGUCAUUCAGAUAAAUAAACUGUUGUCCACCAUAACGGAACCCACCGAAGGCGGCGCCUGCGAGCCCCCGUCCGCCGAGGAGGCGGCUGCGCCUUCCCUGGGAGCAGAGGAGAGCGAUCCCGAAAAGGCGGAGCACGGCGGGAUCAAGAAGGUCUGCUUCAAGGUUUCGGAGGAGGACCAGGAAGACUCUGGACACGACACGAUGAGUUUCAGAGACUCCUACAGUGAAUGCAACAGUAACCGGGACUCAGUGUUGUCGUACACCAGCGUACGGAGUAACAGCUCGUACCUGGGCAGUGAUGAGAUGGGCUCAGGAGAUGAGCUUCCCAAUGACAUGAGGAUUCCUUUAGACAAACAAGACAAACUUCAUGGCUGUCUGGAACACCUUUUUAACCAGGUUGAUGCAAUCAAUGCACUUCUCAAAGGACCAGUAAUAACUAAGGCCUUCGAGGAAACCAAGCACUUUCCAAUGGACCACAGUUUGCAAGAAUUUAAGCAGAAGGAAGAAACCACAGUGAGGUGCCGGAAUAAUAUUCAAGCCAGCAUUCAAGAAGAUCCGUGGAACCUUCCACUGCGCAUCAAGAACCUUGUUGAAAUCAUACAGAAACACGUGGAAGAUGGGAAGAAUCAGCUGCUUUUGGCCUUGUUAAAAUGCACAGAUACUGAGCUGCAGCUGAGACGGGAUUCCAUCUUCUGUCAGUCUCUUGUGGCUGCGAUUUGCACCUUUUCAGAGCAGUUACUGGCUGCUCUCAACUAUCGAUACAACAACAAUGGGGAAUAUGAAGAGAGCAGCAGAGACGCCAGCAGGAAGUGGCUGGAACAGAUAGCAGCCACCGGUGUUUUACUCAAAUACCAGUCUCUCCUGUCCCCCGCUGUGAAGGAGGAGCGCACCAUGCUGGAGGACAUCCAGGUCACCCUGACCGAACUGGACAAAGUUGCCUUCUAUUUCAAGCAGCUGGAUGAAAGUCUUGUAGCAAAUACUCAUGUCUUCUACCACAUCGAGGGAAGUCGUCAGGCCUUGAAGGUUGUCUUCUAUCUGGACAGCUACUACUUCUCCAAGCUGCCUUCUCGCUUUCAGAACGGGGGAAGCUUGAAACUGCACACGGUGCUCUUCACGAAAGCUCUGGAGAGUACGGAGGGGCAGUCCCAGCCGCCCGGUUCAUCCUUGGAAGAGCUUCAACAGCAGAUUAAUGGUGUUUCACUUGAAAAGGUGCAGCAAUACUACCGGAAACUCAGGACGUUUUACCUCGAGAGAUCAAACUUGCCCACUGAUUCCAAUACUACUGCGGUGAAGAUUGACCAGCUUAUUCGCCCCAUUAACGCGAUGGACGAGCUGUGUAGGCUGAUGAAGUCCUUCGUUAACACAAAACCGGCGCAGUCAGGAUACUGCGGCAGCAACGCGUCGGGCGCUGGGCUGCUGCCCGUGUCCUCCGAGCUCUGUUACCGACUGGGCGCCUGUCAGAUCGCCAUGUGCGGCACCGGCAUGCAGAGGAGCACCCUGAGCGUGUCCCUGGAGCAAGCGGCCAUUCUGGCCCGGAGCCACGGACUUCUGCCCAAGUGCAUCAUGCAAGCCACAGACAUCAUGCGCAAGCAAGGACCAAGGGUUGAAAUCUCUGCCAAGAAUCUGAAAGUGAUGGACCAAAUGCCACAGUGUGCGCCUCGGCUCUAUAGGUUGUGCCAGCCGCCUACAGAUGGGGAUUUAUAGAAGCGAGUGCGACGGCUGCGUUGCAGCCUCUCUCGAGCGCUGAGCCCCGGCCGAGGGUGAGCCGCCCCGCGGUGCUGCCCCAGGGAUGGAUGUGGCCCCGCGGGCUCCCGCUGCUCCCGCUGCUGGAGGAAAUCCAUGACACCCACCGCAGAGCCUACGGACCACGCGGCUGUCUGCCGGGGCCUGGAGCGACCGCUCACUGGGGACUUGUCUGUGCUGCCACCUGAAAGUCGUGGACUUCAGGACUGGUGAAGAAAACGCCGAAGGACGCGGAUCCCUCCCCGUGCUGCACCCGGCGCCCAGUGAAGUGCUGGCCCAGCUCCGGUCAGUGCCCUCGAGCGGCAGCUUCGUAAACACCACUGUUCAUGGACUGACCUGCACUUUGGAACAACACAUAGCACAAUUUGUGGUUUAUUCAAAUAUGAACAUAAAGAAUUUCUUCUGGAGUAAUUUUCCACUUCAGCCCAGUGAGAACCAGCCUCUCUAUGCUGCAGAGUAUACAUUCCAUAAUAGUUCUUAACAUUACUUCAUUUUACUUACUGUAGCUUUCAGGUUUUUUAUUAACUCUUUCUACUAAUGCCCUAUUGUACUCUGGAAAUACAGUGCUAUUGAAGAGGAGAGAGUGGGAGUGGAGGAUUUUAAAGGAAACUUUACAAAGGAAAAAUACAGUCUUAUAAUCUGAUUAUUUGAACAGAUGUAGUUUUUAAAACAGGUCAGAAGAACUAUACUUAUUUAUGUGGAGUGGAAUAUGUGUUUUCGAUCAUGUUAUUAUAUAUACAAGAUCUAAAUAAAAAAUAUAUUGUUUAAAAUGGGACCAAGAUGCUGGCAAUUACACAGCUACUCCCAGUUUACUGAAAAAAGAUCUACAUUAUUUAAAAUCUUUCAAUAUUUAAGUAGUCUUUAAUACGGUUGUUAAGAUGUAUUAGGGUUGCUUUUAAGUUAAAAGAGAAAAGGAAUGGUGUAUAUAAUGUACUUUAUUUUUUCUUGUUUGAGAAAUUGUUCUCUAUCCUGUCAGUAUUACCCUAAGCACAGUGACUGUCUCCACAUUACUGGCUGGAACUAACUGCAACGCGUCGGCAGUCUCAGGACAGAAGUGACGUUCCUCGGGAGCGAGUGCCUUACCCAGCCCCAGGCGGGACCCAGCAGCGCUGUGCGGCGACGUACGGCCUGGCAAAUGAAGGUCUGGGGGUUACUUGUGAGCGUGUUUGGGUUUUAGUUGGCUUAACUUUGUUUUAUUAACAUCCAAACCAACUCAAAAAUUAAACUUAGAUUUUUUCCAUUUGGA